AUGGGUCACACAGUACCUCCGCUGAAAGACAAGUCCCUCUUCAUUGAGAAGGCCUACGUCAAUGGAGAGUGGGUUGGGGCUGAAUCAGGCGAGACCUUCGAGGUGCAUGACCCUGCGUCCGGAUUGCUCAUCGGAACAUGUCCCGAAUUUUCCACCGCCGAUACCGAGAAGGCCAUCCUGGCGGCCAAAGAAGCCUUCCCUGCAUUCCGCACGACUCUGGCCCGCGAGCGCGCGCGCAUGCUGCGUCGGUGGUACCAGCUGAUGGUGGAUAACGCGGACGAUCUGGCGACAUUGAUUACGUGGGAGAACGGCAAGCCGUUUGCCGACGCGAAGGGCGAGGUAAACUACGCGGCUGGGUUCUUCGAGUGGUUCAGCGAGGAGGCGCCGCGGGUCUACGGCGACACGAUCCCGGCGUCGGUGGCGGGCAACCGGGUGAUCACGCUCAAGCAGCCCGUCGGCGUGUGCGGGUUCAUCACCCCGUGGAACUUUCCCGCCGCAAUGAUCACACGCAAGAUCGGCCCCGCGCUGGCGGCGGGCUGCACCGUCGUGGCCAAGACCCCCGGCGAGACGCCCUUCACGGCCAACGCCCUCGCCGAGCUGGCCCACCGCGCCGGCAUCCCCAAGGGCGUCGUCAAUAUUGUUACUGCCUCGAAGAACACCCCCGAGGUCGGCGAGGUCAUCACCACCCACCCCGAGGUCCGCAAGGUGUCGUUCACCGGCUCGACCAAUGUCGGUCGAUUGCUCAUGAAGCAGGCCUCGUCCACCAUCAAGAAGGUCUCGUGGGAGCUGGGCGGCAACGCGCCGUUCAUCGUCUUCGAUGAUGUCGAGGACCUCGACGCCGCCGUCGCCGGCGCCAUCACCUCCAAGUUCCGCAGCUCCGGCCAGACCUGCGUCUGCGCCAACCGCAUCUACGUCCAGCGCGGCGUGUAUGAUGAGUUCGCCAAGCGCUUCGCCGAGAAGGUCAAGGGCUUCAAGCUGGGCGCUGGCUUCGAGGAGGGCAUCACCCACGGCCCCGUGAUCCACGACCGUGCGGUUCAGAAGGUCGACGAGCACGUCCGCGACGCCGUCUCCAAGGGCGCCAAGAUCCUGGCCGGCGGCCAGAAGGCCUCGCACCUGGGCCCCAACUUCUACGACCCCACCGUCCUCACAGAGAUGAACAAUGAGAUGUUGCUCGCCUCGGAAGAGACCUUCGGCCCCGUCGCAGGUCUUUUCCCUUUCGAGACCGAGAAGGAGGUUGUCGACCUGGCCAAUCAGGCCGAGGUCGGUCUCGCCGGGUAUUUCUUCAGCAGCAACGUCCGGCGCAUCUUCCGGGUCGCUGAAGAAUUGGAGGUGGGUAUGGUCGGUGUUAACACUGGUUUGAUUAGUGAUGUUGCUUCUCCAUUCGGCGGUGUUAAGCAGAGUGGCUUUGGCCGCGAGGGUAGCAAGUAUGGCAUCGAGGAGUUCCUGGUGGUCAAAAGUGUUACCUUUGGCGGAAUGGGCGAGCCCCUUCAGUCCUGA